AUGUGGUUUAAAUUAAAUCCAAUUAAUAUACUUGGUGAAUUUUUUAUUUAUCUAAUUAUUGAUAAUAUUACGAAAUAUAUUGUUAUUAGUGAAACAAAAAAAAAACAUCUUCAUAUAUUAAUAUGUGAAUGCAUGUUUCUUGGUUUUCUAGUUGGUUUUAUAUCAUUCUAUUAUUAUAUUCCAUAUGUACUUAUAUGUUUUUUAUUGAUUCAUAUUAUUGGAACAAUUUAUUCAGUCAAAGGUUUCAUUGGAAUAAAACAAAUAAUUGAAAUUUUUCAAAAUAUAAUAACAUAUUCAUAUAAAUAUUUUAUAAAUCGAAUUUUUCGUUGUUCAUCUUCGAAAAUCGUACAAACAAAUAAAAUUCCAAAAGAAUAUCAAUAUAAUUAUAAUCUAAAACCGACAAAUGAUAUUCGACUUCAACAAUCGUCAUUUAUUCAAACAUUACCAAGACCAGGCAUUAUUAAUUUAUAUGGUACAACAUGUUCAUUAAAUGCCCUAUUGCAAAGUUUAGCAUCAUUAAAUAGAUUUUAUUUAUCAUUUCAACGAAAUAUAAAUUUAUCACGUUUUAAUUAUGAUCCAAUCGUACCUACAUUUCUUGAUCUUAUUUCUCAAUUACGAAAUGAUCAUCGUACAUCAGACUAUAAACAUUGGACUAAACUUGUUGAUACAUCAGAAUUUAUUUCAAAAUUAAAUUUAAUUUAUGCAAAUUUAUUAACAGAAAAUACAACAACAGAUAUAUGUGAAUUAUUUCAAUGUAUUAUUGAUACACUUAAUAAUUCUUUAUCACAAGAAUCAUGUGUUUAUUCAACAAAUGUUAUUGAACAAGUUCAAAAUGCAAAAUUAACAACAUUUUCACUUGAGUAUUUAAAUAAAUUAUUUGUUGAAACAGAAGAGCAAAUUCAUAACAAAAUAACUUUAGAUAAUCUCGAUGCACAAACAUCAAAUAUAAUGCAAUAUGUUGAUAUUACUUGGUUAUUACAUCACAUACAAUUUGGUUCAACUAUGAAACAUACAUUUUCUGGACAAAUACUUCAUGCACAUUGUUGUAAUAAUUGUUCUCAUGUUCAUUUUCGUACAGAACCAUUUCAAAUAUUAACAUUAUCAAUUAAUAAAACAAAUCAAACAUUAGAACAAAUUAUUUCUCAAUUAACAAAAAUUGAAAUCGUAUAUAAUCAAUUAAAUUUUUAUAUAUUUAACGAACUUAAUAUUUCUUCUACUACAAAUAUUCUGCCAUUUGCAAAAAAUCAUAUUCAUCAUAGAAUAAAAAGUCAAAAAAUGAUUUCAAAUUUUCCCGAUGUUCUUUGUAUUCAAUUAAAACGUUUUUCAUAUGAUCGUCUAUCAAAUAGAAGAAUAAAAUUAAAUACAUCAAUUAUAAUUGAACCAGAAAAAAUUCUUGAUUUGUCACAUCUUCAUUAUACAACAUGGCUUGGAUUAAGAGAUUUAUCGAUUUCUUAUCAUUAUCGCUUAAUAACUAUUUGUUUGCAUUUAUCAGAAAAUUCUACUUCAUCUUCAUCAUCAUCAUCGAUAAAUUUAACAAAAAGAAUAAAUGAACAUUAUGUUUGUUUAUAUCGUACAGAUCAUAAUCAAUGGUUUAUAAGUGAUGAUGAACGUAUUAUAGAAAUAAAUGAUAUAAAUAAUCUUUGUCAAACAUCAUACAUUACUGAAAAUUGUUAUCUUUUAUUCUAUGAAAGAUAUUUAUGA